AUGGGAUGUUGUUGGAAAGGGGAGGGACGGUCUCCGCGGCCGCUCGCUAGCGCUUCGUAAUCGAUUAUUGAAAUUGUGGGAAAACCACGAAGGAAACGAGCCACGUUGCUAUGAAUGAAAAGAUGGGUGAUGCCUGAGCCCCAUUGCCAAUUCCGAAUGAUUGCAGGAAGCCGUGGAUUCUGAUGGGACAGCUGAUGGACAAUGCGAAGGAGGCGUACGAUCGGGUGGAGAGCAAGUAUCUGGAUGAUUUGGAGAAGGCCGCCAAGAAGAGGAACACAUCAGUCACCCCGAAGAACAUCAACUUCCACAUUUCCAAUUGGCUUUCGACUGCCAAGUGA